AGUAUAAUAAAAAUUAAAAAUGCUUACAAAGUCUGAAUACUCAACUAGUACCUCUUCUCUCAGCACCGUAUUCAGCGGUAGCCUGACAGAGCUUGAAUCAAUUCUUAAAAACAAAGAUCACAAGCUGUCAGGCGACCAGAGCCAGGAGUCCUGAACUUUUAGACAAAGACUGAAAGAUAGGAUCAACAAGAACAAGGAUCACCUAUUUAAGGUUCAACAGGUUAUUGAAGAAAGCAAACGUGAGAUCCUUGAGCUCCAAGAUCUCAAGAAACUGUUGUUCCAAGGCGAAGUUGCUCCCCUCUCGACCUUCGUGGACCAAGUCAGUAACACCACAAACUCUGCUCUACUCUCCAUGCAAAGGGAACUUGCAAAGAGAGAAUGAGACUAUGAGUACGUUGUGUAUGACAGGAAUGUCAUUUGACUGGAUCACAAGUUCAAGAGUGAGGAGAAUUCCUAUCUGAAGCACCACUCUCAAGCAGCAAAGAUGUUUAAACAAAACAAGUACGAUAAGGAAGAGAAAAAGUACAAACAAGGCUGCAAAGAUACCGAGAGGCUUCUUCAGAAUCUAGAUGGACUAAAUAAAUCUUGUAAGCAUCAAAUUAAGCAGAAGAACCAGAAGAUCAGAGAAAUCAAACAGAGGAUCAAACAGAAGGAGGAGGCGCUUUUCAAUAAGCAGCAGGAGUACUCCAGACUCACUAGGAUGGCCACUCAGAAACAAGCCACUCCAAAAUUGAAACUGAAUAAUGUCAAGGAGGAGCUUAGAGUUCUGAGGAACGAAAAGCUAACUCUGGAGGAAUGUGAGCAAGACUGCAAGAGUGAGGUCAAAAAGCUCACCAAAUCACUCAAGAACCUCAAGAACCGUAACCAAGUCGAAGAAAAGAAGGUGAAAGCUCUCAAGGAAGAAGUCGGGAAAAUUUCUGAAAGUUAUAAAAAUGAGCUCAAGAAACACACUGUAGUUGAAGAUUCUGUGGUUAAACUUAAGACUUAUCUCAGAAAAGAGAAGGAAACGAAGGACAAGUUCUUGGUUGAAGUCAACCACCAGAAGAAAAAGUUCAGUAAUAACCGUUAUAUGAACACAGAUGUCAAAACUCUUAAUGCAGUUGACUGGAAUAAGAUUGAUAAUGAAGACUCUUCAUGACUUUCAGGUACUAAGUACUCAUGGGCUGAUGAGAAGUCUUGUGAAGAAUCUAAAGUCAAAAACUCGGUGAAUGAUACAGAGAGUCAAGUCGAGGUCAGCUUUAUAAGCUUCGAUCCUGACUGAGAGUCUACUCAGUCAGAUGGGAAACUUCCUUUUGGCGUACUUUCAGAUGUUAGUAAAAGCCCUUCGAAGGCUCACAGCCGUCAGGGAUCUAACACCUACAAGCCAACUGUAAGUUCUCACUCUAAAAGAAGCUUAGGGGAGCUCCGUAGACUUGAUUCUGAAAUUACUGGAGAUACUUUCGGAUGUUCGAAAAUUCCAGAAGAGACUGAUGAAGAAAGCGUGGCGAAUCUUACUCCAAGAUUACCUAGUGAAGAAGAUCAAGAAACAGAAAAUCUCAAAGGCAUCAAGAACUCAGUCUGCAUGAGAAAAAGUGCUGAACAAGACUUCAACAAAGAUAUUUAUGCCUCUAAGACCACUCUUGAAACAGAGGGAUCCUCUCAAAACCAGUAUGAACUGGAAUCCACCUCCACUUAUAAUGGAAGAGAUGGGAAGGACAAUGUGCUGAACUUGAGCAACAUCUCUUCUGAAGGCAUCAGCAAUGAUGAAAGAUUUUACAGUCCUAUAAACGCAGGUAGGGGCUCUGUACCUGCUUUAAAUUUCUCAAAAAUCCAAAAAGCGAUGGCCUCACUUAAUUCUUCUUGAAUGAGCACCACGAAUGGCAGUGUUGUUGAUUCAAAAUAUGGUAAAAGACUUAGUGAGACCCCUAGCUUAGAUUCUACUCUUAACUCGAUUACGAAUUCCGUGUACCAAGGAUCGGGCUUCAAGCCUGCUCAUUAUAAAAAUCGUCUUAGUCACGGAAAACUUACUAUUAAUAACUUAACAAAAGGACAUAAAAAGUCUGCAGGGGGGUACCUCAAGGCCUCAGGCAAGCACGAUAGAAAGCACUCGGAGGACUAUGAGGUUUCAUGGAAGGCCAAAAAAGAUAAAAUCAGUGGAGAUGGGUUCAAGAAGAAUCAUUGGAAAUUUACCAAAAAAUCCAAGGGCAAGGAUGUCCUUGCUGAUAACUAAUCACUUUUUUAUUCAUUUACUCUAUCAUACUAUUUAGACCAGUUCAGUA